CUUAGCGACGGGCUCUGACCCGAUCUCAUCCUCUCUCUCCUCUCCAAUGGCUUUCCAAUACCGUCCAGACCUCCUUGCUCCCUACCUCGCUCUCCCCCAGGGCGAGAAGGUUCAGGCAGAGUAUGUCUGGAUUGAUGGCGAUGGCGGUCUCCGUUCAAAGACGACCACUGUCCCCAAAAAAGUCACGGACAUCGGCCAGCUCCGCAUCUGGGACUUUGACGGUUCCUCCACCAACCAAGCCCCGGGCAACGAUUCCGACGUCUACCUCCGCCCCGCCGCCAUCUUCAAAGAUCCAUUCCGCGGCGGCGACAACAUCCUCGUCCUCGCUGAGACUUACAACAACGACGGCACCCCCAACAUGACCAACUACCGUCACCACGCCAAGAAGGUCAUGGACCUCGCCAAGGACUCCGUCCCUUGGUUCGGUCUCGAGCAGGAGUACACCCUCUUCGAUGUCGAUGGCACUCCCUACGGUUGGCCUAAGGGCGGUUUCCCUGGUCCCCAGGGUCCUUACUACUGCGGUGCCGGAACCGGCAAGGUUUUCGCCCGUGACCUCAUCGAGGCCCACUACCGCGCCUGCCUUUACGCCGGUGUCAACAUCAGCGGCAUCAACGCCGAGGUUAUGCCUUCCCAGUGGGAGUUCCAGGUCGGCCCCUGCGAGGGCAUCUCCAUGGGCGACCACCUCUGGAUGGCGCGCUAUCUCCUCACCCGUGUCGCCGAGCAAUGGGGUGUCAAGGUCUCCCUGCACCCGAAGCCCCUUCAGGGCGAGUGGAAUGGCGCGGGCUGCCACACCAACUUCUCGACCAAGGAGAUGCGCGAGCCCGGCGGCAUCAAGCACAUCGACUCUGCCAUCGAGAAGCUCUCGAAGCGCCACGACGAGCACAUCGCCGUGUACGGAGAGGACAACGAGCUCCGUCUCACCGGCCGUCACGAGACGGGUCACAUCAGCUCGUUCUCGUCUGGCGUCGCCAACCGUGGUGCGUCGAUCCGUGUGCCAAGACAUGUCGCCGCGCAGGGCUACGGGUACUUGGAGGAUAGGCGUCCCGCAUCCAACAUCGACCCUUACCGCGUGACGAGCAUCAUCGUGGAGACCACUGUCCUUGACAAGUAGACGCGGGCGUAGAGGAAUGUAUGGGUUUAGAUUGUAGGCGUUCACGAUAAGCGAUAAUACGGAGAAGUCUUUCCUUCCUUUUUGUACUUGACUUGGGGGGUCGCAAGUAGCACCAGUCCCUACUGGAACGCUGGCUUCUUUUUCAGAUUCAGACCCGAGCGCUUGUCUUGGCUGAGCGCGGUGUGUUCUUUUGUCGCCGGCUUCUCGUGAGAAGCGAGCGUGAUCGAGGGAAGCCUGCGUCGUUGGCAGGCGUGUGUCUGCGCGUGUCUACUUUCGUAUGCGUUCUUCUUGGCGUGCACGUAUGGCUUUGAAUGUCACGUUGUGUCUUGGCUUCGACACUUGG